AUCGAAGAGAAGCUAAYAAGCGAAGACAACCUUGAAGACGUGAAACUAUUGCAAUCUCGCCUAAAUACCGCCUUUGAUCGUUAUCAGCAAUGUUGCCGAAAGUAUGACGACUUGUUGGAUCACGCUUGUGAAAAAUAUCUAAAUAUUCAGGAACUGCUAAGCCAACAACUGAGGAGAAAGGAGUAUGUUAACCAGAAAAUYAACAUGUUUAUCGCUAGUGCUAUGGUCAGCCGAGAAGUGACGAGAAUCGAAGAAGAAAUAAAGCAAACAGAAACCGAGUUAAAACAAGCCCUCGAGCGAGACAAGUCUGUGUCUGGUGGUCGAAUUACCGCCAAAUCUUCCCCGAAUGAGUCCAGAGUUCAACAAACUGUGUUACAGGAUAGCAACAAUCCCAGUGAAGAGAAUAUUCAAGAUAUUUUUGAGUCCAAUGUUAUUAUCCCACCGCCGCCAAUGUUYUCAGAUGUCAUUACCCCAGAACCAUCGAAGCGUAAACGAGAGCCGAUUCAAGUGAUAACAUCGACACCUGUCAUUCCAACACAUCAAACAAUCCGACCGGAACCAAAGGACCAAAUUCAUGAUGAGAGUAAAGUCAGUGAAGRAUUCGGUACUCAAUCCACGGUAUUACAAGAUAAUUAUAGCCCACGUGCAGAGGGCUUACAAGAUCUCUCUGGAGUUAUACUACCCCCUCCCCCUGUGUAUUCAGACAUUAUGUCGCCGCCACUACCGGGGGGUAAACAAGAGUUGUUUCAAGUGGAAAGGUCAAUACCUUUUGGCCCGUCUUCCUGCAAUGCCGACUUCGAUCCCUCUGUUGCCAUAGUGACGGAUUCAUCACAGGAAUCCCAACCCCAAGUGAGGCAUGAAGGAAGUCUUCAAACCACAGGAAACCCGCAAGUUAUACAGACAACAAUCAACACAGAAUCGAACAAGACUAAGAAGAGACUAUCUGUGACACAAAACGUCGAAAACACAUCCAUGCAAAACUCCAACAGCGAGACAGCAGCACAGGAUUCCCAACCUCUCCGUGCGGAGCCCAAAUCCAGCGACCAAGGGAUACUUACGGCGAUAGUAGCGUCUAUGGACAAGAUGACCAGCGCGCGCGAUCUACCAGCAGUUCGAGUGGUGAAGUUUGAUGGUUCGCCGGAGAAAUAUUUGACAUUUCGUCAGAGGUUUAAGCAACUUGUGGAGUCAAGACAACUUGACGAUGCUGUUAAGAUGACACGCCUUCUACAGUUCCUAGAGGGACCUGCCCUUGCUGCUGUGCAACACUACGAAACUAUACCUAGAGGACUAGAGAAGGCUCUGAGAGUAUUAGAAGAUAGAUUUGGCCGCCCCUAUCACGUAGUUAAGGCCUGCGUAGAGMCARUGACGAAGGGACCGGCAAUACAGCCCAACGACAGACAGGCGCUACAGCAGUUUGCAGACAUGGCUCAAGCAACUUAUGACACCCUCGACGCGGUCGGUUAUUUGUCCGAAAUGAAUACCAAUAACCUGGAGAAGAUGAUGUCACGCUUACCAAAAUGGAUUCAAGCUAAGUUCGUCGAACACUUGAGUAAGCUUGAACGAAAGGGACAAACGUUACCAUCCUUUAAGGACGUCGUGGAGUUCUUACGAGAUAGAGCUGACAUCGUCAAUCAUCCAUUUCUUGCAAGGCCAACUGUCGAAGGCACGUCGCCCCAAGGGAAAUCGUCGAACACGAGGUUCAAGCCUACUACGCUAAAGCCUUCAACUUAUGCAAUCGCUGCAACAAGUAAGGAUCCGGCAUGUGAGUUAUGCUCAAAUUCCCAUCGUCUGUAUCAUUGUGAUGCAUUCAAGUCUAAGUCUAUUAAGGAAAGAAAUGACUUUGUGAAGAGUAAGCAUCUCUGCUUCAACUGUCUGAGCUCAACUAACCACAACGCUAAAACCUGCAAGUCCCAGACCAGAUGUCGAGCUUCUGGUUGUGGCAAGCCUCAUCACACUAUGCUACACUUCGAUGAAUGCUUAACGAUUCAAGUCAAGCGUCCGCCAUCGCAGGCGACGAACGCGAGCGGACGAACUACGUUAGAACCCGUGCAAGAAGUAAACGUCUCACCUGGUAAUUCACACACAAUUUCGAGUGACGUCAACGCGAYCUCAACAUGUGAAACGAGAGAAGUCCUGCUACAAGUGGUACCAGUGAAGGUGAUAAGCAACGAAAGACACUCGCUAACUACAUACGCACUACUAGACUCUGGGUCAGAUAUCACGAUGAUUGACCCAUCACUUGCCAUGCUUCUGGGGUUAAGAGGAAGACCCAGUAAGCUUCGUUUCAAUACCGCAAGCGAUUGCAAUGCCGAACAAAGUGGAGUAAAGGUUGAUUUCAAGCUAGCCUCAGUAAGUGGCAAUGAUGAGACUCAGGUGUACGUCAAAUCAGCCUGGGCCACCAAGGAACUUACAAUCCCCCUUAAACAUAACAAGGUGCUGAAGUCCACUGAUCAAUGGCCGCACUUACGUGAAGUCCCAUUUCCUACCGUAGAGAGACAGAGGAUAUCAGUCCUGAUCGGAACCAAUGUGCAAGAAGCGUUCGUACCGGUGGAAGUGAGAAGAGGAAACAGAGAUGAGCCCGUCGCCAUACGAUCAUGCCUUGGAUGGAGUGUCCUUGGCGGUAGCUUUACACGAGGUAYAAGUGAACCAGCGAAUCUCAAUUAUAUACRUAAGGAGGACGUUACGCUGAAUGAACAACUGGAAGAGUUCUGGAAGGUCGAGUCAUACGGGUCCCAUAAAACGGAAGCGAAACCAUUGUCAGUUGAGGAUCAAAGGGCCAUGAAGAUUAUAGAUGACACUAUAUGUAAGGUGGGCAGUAACUACAGGAUGGGACUGCUAUGGAAGACGCCAAACCCUGAUCUCCCUAACAACCGCAAACUAGCUGAAGCAAGAUUGAGCAAUCUGRAGACACGGCUACAACGCGAUCCCGAGUUGCUGAUAAAGUACAGAAACGUGAUGGAGAACUACAUAGCUAAGGGUUACGCUUCAAAGUUAUCGAGAGAGGAAGCAGAGAACACUGGAUCUAAAACAUGGUACUUACCUCAUCAUCCGGUUUACAACCCAAACAAACCCGGAAAGAUCCGCGUUGUAUUCGACGCGGCUGCGAAGUUCAGCGGUACGUCUCUAAAUGAUAACCUUCUMCAAGGUCCGAGUCUUAUCAAUGACUUGUCCGGAGUCCUGCUUCGAUUCCGUGAGGAACACUCCGCCUUCACAGCGGAUAUCGAGGCAAUGUUUUACCAAAUCAAGGUGGUUCCGAGUGAUACAGAAGCUCUCAGAUUCUUAUGGUGGUCAACCAACUUGGACGAUCGACCCGAGGAAUACAAGAUGACGGUGCAYAUCUUCGGAGCGAAGUCUUCCCCCUGUUGUGCCAACAAGGCUUUGAGAGUGACGGCAGCGGACAACGCAGACARCUACGACCCUGACGUCAUCCGUACAGUCGRACGCAACUUUUACGUCGACGACGUAUUAAAGUCAGCUCCUACCCCAAACCAGRCCAUCCACUUAGCAAAGGAGUUAACCAAGUUAUUGAAGGAAGGCGGCUUCCGUUUAUCAAAGUUCUCUAGUAACAGCAGAGAGGUGCUGGCGUCUAUUCCGAAAGACGACAGAGCUGAUCCCACAUUCGAUAUGGACCUCGAUAGACUGCCCGUUGGCAGAGCACUAGGGGUCUACUGGGACACUGAAUCCGACACAUUCCAGUUCAAGACACUAGUCACAACCAAGCCGCACACAAAGAGAGGAGUGCUAUCCAUAGUAAGUUCACUGUUUGACCCCCUUGGGUUCCUAGCCCCAUUCACCUUYACCGUCAAGUCUCUUCUCCAAGAUUUGUGGAGAGCGGAGGUUUCCUGGGACGAAGAAAUUCCCGAGCCGUACCUGUCGCAGUGGAAGGACUGGCUGAGAAACAUGCCGAAAGUUGUCAACAUACACAUUCCAAGGUGCUUCAAGUCACCCUUCUUGUACACGCCAUCACGCAUCGAGCUACAUGUAUUCUCAGAUGCUUCUAGAAGAGGCCUUGCAACUGUCGCCUACCUGAGAAUGCUAAAUGAGUUAGGAUACGUACACUGCUCAUUUGUAAUGGGAAAGGCCAAAACUGCACCGCUGAGAGAGUGGACUAUACCCCGCUUAGAGCUUCAAGCCGCUGUGUUGGCAACCCGUCUGGCUACAACAAUACGGAGAGAGCUAGACCUAACUAUAGRCUCAACAACCUACUGGACAGAUUCGUCCACAGUUAUCCAGUAUCUACAAAACAUCAAUAGAAGAUUCCCAGUGUUUGUYGCAAAUCGCAUUACAGAGAUACACGAGGUAACUACUAUCGAACAGUGGCGACAUGUUCCUGGCACCCUGAAUCCUGCGGACGAAGGGUCGCGAGGAGUAGCCAUCGAUUACUUCGAACCCGGCUGCCGCUGGUUGUCGGGUCCGGAAUUCCUGUGGCAACAUGAGGAUGAAUGGCCUAGUAAAGAAACAAAGCCUGAAGAGAUCAUGGAGUGCGAGUCUACAAUCGCCACACUAACGACMGCAGAGACUACUCCGUCGCAGAUCGAUCAUUUGCUGCGACGUUACUCGUCCUGGCCACACCUACUGAAGGUCACGUCGUGGCUUCUAAGAUUCGUUAAAGCCGCAAGAAGACAAGAACCACGGCGAUCAGGUGCGCUCAAAUUAGUAGAGAUCCAAGAUGCUAGCCGUGAAAUUAUCCGACUGAUACAGSUUAAGUUCUUUAAAGAAGAGUAUCAGGCCCUACAAAGGCAAGAGCGGGUAAAGAAAGGCAGUAAGCUAUCGAGCCUCGAUCCCUUCCUGGUCGACGGAAUCAUACGAGUGGGUGGAAGAAUUCGCAACGCGCCAUUACCCCCAGAUGCAGUACAUCCAAUGAUUAUACCGAAAGAUCACCCUGUAGCUGCGCUUAUAGUGAGAUUCUACCACCAGUUCCUUGGACACGCAGGUCGCGAACACGUGCUCUCAGCAUUGCGCCAGCGUUAUUGGAUAGUGCAUGGAAGAUCCCUUGUGCGUCGUGUCUUACACAGCUGCUUUGACUGCCGCAGACGAAAUGCACCAAUGAUGCAACAAGUCAUGGGAGACCUUCCCAARGAACGACUAACCCCAUUCCAAGCUCCAUUCACGUUUACAGGAAUCGAUUUCUUCGGACCCUUCCACGUCAAGAGGGGCAGAGCAACGGAGAAGGUGUAUGGUUGUAUCUUUGUUUGUUUCAACACCCGCGCAGUUCAUAUCGAGGACGCAAGUUCCUUGUCCACAGACACCUUCAUCCAAGCGUUCAGACGAUUCAUCGCCGUACGCGGCUGCSCUAAAGAMGUGUGGACKGAUAACGGAACAAAUUUUACCGGAGCCGAGAAGGAGCUCAGAGUUUCUAUCAGACAGUUCAACGAGAAGAUCAUUAGAGAUGAGUUACAUACAAACGGAGCCGAGUGGCACUGCUGUCCUAUGCCCAAGUGGAAAUUCCAGCCACCUGCCGCAAGCCAUAUGUCAGGUGUAUGGGAAAGGUUAAUACGCAGUGUGCGCMAGACCAUGAAGGCGCUUCUGAGAAAUCCUAACGCCCCCCUCGCGUGGGAAACUCUACGUACUGUGUUCKGUGAGGCUGYAUCCAUAUUGAACAGUCGCCCUCUAUGUCCCAGCAGCGACGACCCCAACGACUUUGAACCGCUCACGCCYAAYCACUUCCUUUUGYUGCGACCGAACGCAACACCCCCGCCCGGAACAUUCAGCAACGAUGAUUUGUACUCGAGAAAACACUGGAGGCACGCGCAAUUCCUCGCAAAUCAUUUCUGGACAAGGUGGGUGAAGGAAUACGUUCCGAUGCUUCAGCAGCGGCAGAAAUGGACAACCGUGAAACGAGACAUGAAGAUCAACGAUCUUGUCCUAAUCGCUGAUUCCACUGAGSCAAGAUGUAAAUGGUUACUCGGGCGUGUGACAAAGGUAUAUCCUGGUGCGGAUAAUCAUGUGCGAGCGGCCGAGCUGAAGACCAGAAACUCGACGCUGGUUCGACCUAUCACAAAGCUAUGCUUGUUAGAGGAGUCWCAGUAAGGUUAAGAGACYUUGAACAUUGAUCAGCCAACGCUGGAACUAGAUUCCCWAAAGGAACAUUAUUGUUGAGUUAUUAUGAACGAUGAACAGUCAACCCAUGAGGAAGUCUUGUUAAGUGAUUAGUUACAGCUUGAUUAACAAUGUGAAAAUAUGUAUCUUGUUCAGCCUAGCCCCCGAGGAUGUUGAGGCCACUAGCUCAACAGUAUAGAAUUCCUGUUUUCCCGCCGUUUUGUGCUGUGUGAGUCCGCUAACCAGUUAAUGUCGCUGUCGCGUCACGUGUGCACGUUGUCAUUUGUAGUGUUAGUGUAAUGUGAUCAUCAGCUUCAUGUGUUAUGUUCUCGUGCAGUGUGUUCAUCAAUUGGUAAGUUCUUUGCCAUUGCUUGCUUGCAGUAUUGUACCAUCGUAAUGUAAUACUCUUUGUUUUAGGAUUUUACUGUGUGUGUAUCGGAUAGUUUACAUGUGAAACCAUUUGAUGAAUAAAUCGAAUCAGUGCAUAUGAA